AUGAUGCCGAGACUGUACGAGUUGACGGCAACUCAAGUGCUUGAGCUGCUCCGAAAUGACACCGUCACGCUGGAGACAUACGCGCGGGGGCUUCUAGACCAUGUCAAAGAGACUGAGAGUGUCGUCAAAGCAUGGGCGUUACUUGACCCUGGGCAUGUAAUUGCUCAAGCUCAGACUCUCGAUCAAGUUCCUGUCGGCCAAAGAGGGCCUCUGCAUGGCCUUGCCAUUGGAGUUAAGGACAUCAUGAAUUCCAAGGAUAUGCCCACUGAGUAUGGUUCUCCCAUUUACCGAGGGUAUCAGCCAAGUUCUGAUUCCGCUGCGGUCGCAAUCCUUCGCGCCUCGGGUGCUCUAAUCUUUGGCUCGUGCAAAACUACGACGACCGAGUUCGCUGUGACGAACUCAGGACCUGACACUACCAAUCCUUGUGAUCCGAAGCGCACCCCUGGAGGGUCUUCAUGUGGAUCAGCCGCAGCUGUGGCGGCGUUGCAUGUUCCGCUCAGUCUCGGAUCGCAAACCGGAGGAAGCCUUAUUCGCCCAGCAUCAUUCACGGGAGUCCAUGCUCUCAAGCCGACCUUUGACACUAUCUCGACAGAAGGCCAAAAAGCAAUUGCGCCCACAUUCGACACAUGUGGAUUCUUUGCUCGAUGCGUAGAAGACUUGCAGAUGCUCGCUGAUGUUUUCGGUAUCGAAGUUGAUGAGCCCGCAAGGGAUAUACUAUUGGAAGAAAUGUCAAUUGGUCUGAUGAAAACUCCAAUGUGGUCCACGGCAGGACCUGGCACCAUAGCUGCUAUCGAAGCGGCCACGGUAAUCCUUCGAGGAAAAGGAAUCAAGGUUGAAGAGGUCUCAUUUCCACCUGAAAUGUCGGAUCCCGAGGAAUUAGAGAGACUUCAGGAAGUCAUCACCCAAUCUGAAACCCGGGUCUCCUUUCUUCGAGAAUACCGAAUAGAUAAGGACAAUCUGGCACCAGAGAUUCGCGAGAUAGUUGAAAACACCGCUAGAAUAACGCAUAAAGAGAGGGAGCAAGCUUCUGACAGGCAUUCUCACAUACGACGCAUCAUCAAUGACUUGGCCAGAGAAUACACAGUCAUCCUCACCCCUAGCGCAGAAGACGAGGCUCCUGUUGGGCUUGGUGAUAUGGGUCGCGCGACUUUCAACACGAUGUGGACGGGGUUUCAUAUGCCCGUCGUCAAUAUUCCUGCUUUUGUCGGAGCCAAUGAUAUGCCCGUGGGCGUUUCAUUGGUAGGCCCGAGGUUCCGAGAUCAGCAACUUCUUAAGACAAGCCUAGCCCUCGCUGAACUCUUCAGAGCCCGGGCUCCGAGGCAGUUGUCAGAUCCCAGUAGAAAACAAGUCGGCAAUCACGGCAAAGGCUAA